AGAAUGGUGACUAUUCGUCCAUUCAAGUGUGACGAUCUAUUUCAUUUUGCAAAUGUCAACUUGGAUCCUCUUACCGAAACUUAUGGCAUUCAGUUCUAUUUGCAAUAUUUAUCGCGAUGGCCUGAAUAUUUUCAAGUUGCAGAAUCUCCAGAUGGACAAAUAAUGGGUUAUAUAAUGGGGAAGGCUGAGGGCAGUGUUGAACGAGAACAGUGGCAUGGACAUGUGACCGCAGUGACUGUGGCUCCAGAAUUCAGGAAGUUAGGAAUUGCUCGGACUCUGAUGACAGGUCUUGAGGAUAUCUCGGAGAGGAAAAAUUGUUUCUUUGUUGAUCUCUUUGUACGUGUUUCCAAUGAUGUUGCUGUGAAUAUGUACAAGCGUCUUGGCUAUUCCAUCUACCGAAGGGUGCUGGGUUAUUUCGGUGAUCCAGAUGAAGAUGCCUUUGGUAAGAGUGGAAAACAUGAGAAAGCAUUAUCUCGAGAUCAUGAAAAAAAGUCCAUAAUCCCGUUGAAACAUCCUGUGAGACCAGAAGAUGUAGAGUAGCUUCACGGGACAGGACAUUCAAUCAAUGUAUGUGCUACAUGAAGUUAAUGACGCAUUGCAAAAAAUAAUAAAUUUAUUUUUGCUGA